AUGACUCCCUCCAUCACCCCUGGCGGUCGAAAAAGAAACCACUUUCAAGACGAGCCUGUACCGACUCCUGCGACCCUCAAGAAACGCCGACUCGACGAACUUGUACCUGGAUCUCCAUCGACACCAAAGGCCCUCAAAGCCAUCAAUUCCGCAUACCCUUCUAUCUCAGCGAAUGAUGAAAAUUCAUGGCCGCCCGUAGACAAUAAUCUAGGGGUAUCAGGCCUCGACCAGGAACCUGCAACAUCACCAUCAAAAGCAUCUUCACAACCUGCUGCGGCACCUGCGUUUCGUCCUGCAAUCAAGCUAUCUGCUUUAAGAGGAACAAAAUGGGAUACCGAAGAUGCGCACCGCCCUGCUCCUCUGCCCAAGAAAGUAGGCCCUGGUCGGCCAAGAACCAACACACCCAAGAAACCUGCGGCUCCCAAGGGGAGACCACGGAAGAAGAAGGUCCAAGAUCAAGUCGACGAAAAUGGCCAACUUAUCGAUCCUACACAAUCGCAAGAGCUCAUUGAUGAACUGGCGACAACAGAUGGAAACCUGUCGGUAUCGAAACCUACACCAAGGGGGAUUCUAACUCCUACGAAGAAGGGGAGACCACGAGGGCGACCGAAGAAUGUUACUUUUGGAGCAGGUCAACAUCAAAAUGGAGAGGUGUUCUUUGAAGAUUUACCAAGUAAAGCUAAGACUCCACGCAAGUCGGCACCGUCCCAAGCAGACGAGAUCGUAUGCGCAAUGUGUCUCAAGCCCCAUUCUCAAGACCCGAAUCAGAUCAUUUUAUGCGAUAUGUGUGAUUUUGCAGUUCAUCAAGAAUGCUACGGUGUGCCUGACAUCCCAGAAGGUGAUUGGCUUUGCAGGUCAUGUACUCAAGAGGACAUACUUAAAACGCCGAAAAAGACUGUGGGCAAGGAGGUUCCCACUAUCAAAAUUGCAGCAGAUGUACCCGAUAUCACCAAUUUGGAACAGCAUUUGCGAUCAUUACAGCGGGUUCUCAUGGAUCGAUGUACUGGGAGAAGACGGUUGCAACUGUCUGGUCAACUAGAGGCUGAGGAGAAGGUCUACCAACUUGUGGAACAGACUGUGGUUGCUGGCGAAGGAAACUCAAUGCUUCUAAUUGGCGCAAGAGGCUGUGGCAAGACUACUUUACUGGAAAAGGUUAUCACAGACGUAUCGCAAGAACACAAGAACGAUUUUCACGUAGUAAGGCUCAAUGGGUUCAUCCACACUGAUGACAAGCUUGCCCUUAAAGAGAUUUGGCGACAAUUGGGCAAGGAGAUGCAGGUUGAAGACGAUUUGGUGAACAGAACAAACUAUGCCGACACCAUGGCGUCGUUGCUCGCUCUCUUGUCACAUCCGUCCGAGAUUAUCGGUACAGACGAAGGUGUCACGUCACAGUCGAUUGUGUUUGUGAUUGACGAGUUCGACAUGUUUGCAUCUCACCCUCGACAAACAUUACUGUACAACCUGUUCGAUAUUGCACAGUCGCGAAAGGCGCCCAUCGCCGUGGUGGGCUGUACAACUCGAUUGGAUGUUGUUGAAAUGCUGGAGAAGCGAGUCAAGAGUCGAUUCAGUCAUCGUUAUGUGUAUCUUUCUCAACCCAAGAGUCUUCCCAUUUAUUGGCAAGUCUGCAGACAGGGGUUGAUCGUAGACAACGAUGAGGCUGAGAAGGAGGGCAUCAACACUUAUCUCGAAGGACAUGCAGAGUUCCAGCAGUAUUGGAGCCAAAAGAUAGAGGGGCUAUACAGGGAGCGAUCAUUCCAGGACCUGCUUCAGUAUCACUAUUACACAACCAAGUCAACUUCGGCAUUCCUUACCGAAUGGAUCUUGCCUUUGUCGGCUCUCUCAGCCAGCGACGUGACACUCAAGAUACCUGCGGUGCAAGGAGAUGUUGAAUCAUUAACACCCCCUGAUUCUAGGCUUCACCUGCUGUCUACACUGUCUGAGCUAGAUCUGGGACUUCUUAUUGCUGCUGCACGAUUGGACAUUGUGGCACACACAGACACGGUCAACUUGGCGAUGGCAUACGAUGAGUACAGUUCUCUGAUGGGCAGGCAGAGAGUACACUCCGCAACGGCAGGCAUGCUCGCUGUAGGCGGAGGAGUCCGGGUCUGGAGCCGUGGCGUGGCUGGCAUUGCCUGGGAACGACUAAUCUCACUUGGUUUGCUCGUGCCAGCCGGCAUAGGUGGUGCCCGAAACCUGGGGCAUGGGGGUUUGGAGGGCAAGAUGUGGAAAGUGGAUGUCGCGCUGGAGGAGAUCCCAGCAGCGGUCAAGUUGAGUGCCGUAUUGGCGAGAUGGUGCAGAGAAAUAUAG